AUGACGUUUUCACGGCAGGACACGACGAGUUCUUCUCUGGAAAAGAAAUCCUCUGACAUGUCGCUUAAGACUAAUGCCGCCAAGUCUGCAACAGGAGUAAGAGAGCAAGACUUAUCAAAAGUGCCGAGUGGAUCGCACUUGUCCCUUCGCGCCGUCCAGCCUAUCGACGUUGAAGUAUGCGAUUUUUCCCUCCACGUAGAUACCACGCCAUCGAUACUGCAGAACCCUUCGGCUGCAUUAUGGAAACACUUCUCUCUAUCGAGGCGCCGGGCCCCGUUCAAGACAGUCCUCGAUGGCGUGACUGCCAGCAUGCCCCAUGGCACUCUUACGGCGAUUAUAGGGGGCAGCGGGUCUGGAAAGACAAGCUUAUUAAACGUCAUGGCUGGUCGCAUGGGAACUAGCCGCAUGAAAGUGACUGGGACUGCCAAAUUCAAUUCCUCGGGGGGCAUAAAUGGCAGUCGAAGCGCAUAUUUGAUGCAACAGGACGUUCUAAUACCCACCCUGACUGUACGAGAGACACUCCAAUACUCAGCCGACCUUAGACUUCCUCCACCUACAACGGCGGAAGAACGUCGAGCUGUGGUUGAAAAAGUAAUUCUUGAGCUAGGCUUGAAAGAAUGCGCAGAUACCAGGAUUGGAAACAACUUGCACAAAGGCUGCAGUGGUGGUGAGAAGAGGCGUACGAGCAUUGGUGUUCAAAUGCUAGGAAACCCAUCGGUAUUAUUCUGUGACGAGCCAACAACAGGGCUCGAUGCAACGAGUGCUUACCAGGUUGUCCGAAGCCUAAAAAGGUUAGCUUUGGAUGGAAGGACAAUUAUAAUCUCUAUUCAUUCUCCUCGUUCAGAGAUUUGGGGGUUAUUCGAUAAAGUUGUCCUACUCUCUCGCGGGUCUGUACUUUAUAGCGGAGCAGCGGAGCGUUCUCUUGCCCAUUUCGAAACGCUUGGACACUCCAUCCCUCCCUUUGUUAAUCCUGCCGAGUUCUUAAUAGACCUAGCGGCAUACGAUAAUCGAACUGCUGAAGCUGAAUUGGCCUCGCAAACCCGUAUCGAGACCCUCAAGGUGGCGUGGAGAGCGGCCUCGAGCAAAAUUUCGGACCAAAACAAUAUAUCUCCGGCAGGGAAAGAGUUUCUUCCUCAAGUUGAUAAACAAGAGAGUGUUGGUUUUACACGGCAGUUUCAGGUACUGACAGCCCGAACCAUAAAAAUGACCAUCCGCGAUCCCAUGGGGAUGACAAGCUGCCUAUUCGAGGCAAUCGGCAUGGCUGCUCUCAAUGGGUGGAUAUACCUGAGACUUGAUGGGUCCCUUACAGGUAUUAGGUCACGGCAGGGCAGUUUAUACACUGCAAGCAGCCUCAACGGAUAUAUAAUCCUGCUUUAUGAAAUUUUCCGCUUGACGACUGAUAUACAACUCUUUGAUCGCGAGAGAAGUGAAGGUGUGGUUGGCGUCCCUGCAUUCCUCUUGAGUCGACGAGCCGCCAGACUCUUCUUAGAGGACUUACCGGUCCCUAUGCUAUUUUCAACUAUAUUUUACUUCAUGGUUGGAUAUCGGCUGGCCGCAGCUGAGUUCUUCAUCUUCUUAGUGCUAAAUAUACUUACGCAAUAUACGGCUGUCACCUUCGCUGCUGUUUGCAUUAGUAUCUGCAGACACUUUCCUGGAGCGAGUCUUGCAGGAAAUCUUUCUUAUACCCUCCAGACAGUUGCCUGUGGAUAUUUUGUUCAAGUUAAUCAGAUUCCAGUAUAUGUACGAUGGGUCAAAUGGGGCGCGUACACUUUUUAUGCCUUUAGUGCACUUUGUGCCAAUGAAUUUAUCGGACCUAAUGGCCCUGAAUAUGGACAAUUCUACGACUGCCCAUACUCGAAGGAUCCCACGAACCCGCAAUGCAAAGAAUACACUGGCCAAUUUGUCAUAGACAGCCUUGGAAUACCACGAAAUUGGAUAUGGCGGUCAAUUAUAGCACUCGCGUCGUUUACCCUAUUCUUCUAUAUACUUGCUGGUCUGAUCUUGCAAUUCAACAAGAUAGAUAUCAACGUUGCUCAGCCACGCAAAGCGGAGAAGGACCUUUCGGUAGGCAAGGAGAAAUUUGUUGCCAAUACGCCAGGAGAUAACCGCCAGGUGUCUAUCAAGCUUGAAAAAUACUCGUUAGACAUACAAAAGCGAUCCUUGACUCGUCGCGGGCUGCAGUCGCAGACACUGAACAUUAUAAAACCUAUCACUACGGAGUUCGAGCCUGGGAAGCUAAACGUUAUUAUGGGGCCUUCUGGGAGUGGGAAAACAUCUCUCUUGUGCUCAAUCUCAAAUAGGCUGCAAGGUUCAAUUGGGACACGAUAUUGUGUAGGAGGGAACAUGUUAUACAACGAUGCUGUCCCUUCGAAAGAUGUGGUUAGAUCUGUCACCUCCUUUGUCACACAAGAUGAUGAUGCCUUAAUGCCAUCAUUAACUGUCCGGGAAUCACUGGAAUUUGCCGCCGGAUUAAGGCUGCCUUCGUGGAUGUCGAAAGAGGAAAAGAACCAACGCGCAGAGGCCAUUCUAUUAAAGAUGGGUCUUAAGGACUGUGCGAAUAACCUAAUUGGCAGUGAUCUAAUAAAGGGGAUUAGUGGCGGGGAGAAGAGGAGAGUUUCGAUUGCUAUCCAAAUACUUACGGACCCGAAAAUCCUUCUCCUUGAUGAACCUACAUCAGGUUUGGAUGUCUUCACGGCCACAUCUAUUAUUGAGGUCCUGAAUGGGUUGGCUGCAGAAGGUAGGACACUCAUUUUAACGAUACACCAAUCGAGAUCCGACAUCUUCCAAUAUUUCUCCAACGUACUCUUGAUUGCAAGGGGCGGGUAUCCGGUCUAUGCUGGCAGCGGAGCAGAUAUGCUCCCUCACUUCGAAUCGCUUGGAUACGAAUGCCCUCAAACUACGAACCCAACCGAUUUUGCGCUUGACUUGAUUACUGUGGAUUUGCAGGCUAAAACGAGGGAGGCGGCCACUCGUACCAAAGUACAAAGCUUGAUUGACAACUGGGAGGUCAAACCUCACGAAAAGGAUGUAGCGGCGCCUGUAAUUGCGGCGCCUGCAGAGUUGGGCAGUUUGAAAAGAAAAGCCGCCGCGUUCCGUUCCAUGUUUGCGUUGGUGCUUCGAAGAUCAACCAUCAACCUGAGGAGACAGCCAUACCUUCUUCUUGCGCGUACGAUGCAAGUGAUUGGUGUUGCUAUAAUUAUGACUCUAUUCUUUGCGCCGUUGAAACAUGACUAUGCAGCAGUACAGUCGACAAUGGGAGCGGUACAACAGAUCACAGCGUUAUACUUUGUUGGAAUGCUUCAAAACAUAGCUAUCUACCCGUAUGAGCGAGAUGUGUUCUAUCGCGAGGAGAGCGAUGACUGCUAUUCCACCGAAGCAUUCAUCUUACAAUACACCACGCUAGAGGUUCCGUUCGAAAUCAUGUCGUCUCUCAUAUACGGCGUCGCUUCCGCCUACGCUAUCGGUCUUAGACGAUCAGUGAAAAUGCUAUUUGUCUCAUCAUUUAACGCUUUCUGUAUAACUAGUUGCGGCGAAUCACUCGGUAUAAUGUUCUGCACUCUAUUUUCCCACAUUGGAUUUUCGGUGAACAUAACCUCAAUUGUUCUAUCGAUAGCAACAGUUUUGGGUGGAGUUAUGAGUCUCAAUAUACCUUCCGUCCUACAAGCGAUAAACCAUCUGUCUCCGGUUAAAUACUCAAUCUCCAAUCUGGCACCUUACGCCAUGCGUGGUCGCAUGUUUACUUGCACGGAUGAUCAACGUCUUCCGAACGGACAUUGCCCAAUUGAAACAGGCGAACAGGUCCUAUUACUCUACAAUCUAGACAAAGACCCAAAAAUCAAUAUUAUGGCUCUUGGAAUCUGUGUGAUUGGAUAUCGGUUGGUUGCGUAUGCCCUAAUAAAGGUCGUUCGGAGCCGCAGCAUUCGGGAGAAUCUACUGGGCAAGUUUUUGAAGAGGCCAAAUAGCGUCAAAGACUCUGGAAUUAAAUGA